AACGUCGCAAAGCAUUCUGGGGACGGCGCUGUGCCGGAGUUGUUUUAGUCCUUGGGGUUCUGUUUGGCUUCGGGAGGGUUACGGAUUUGCCGGCUUCCAGCCCACUGAAGCUGCCAGCAUGUCAGGGGUGCGCGCUGUGCGGAUCAGCAUCGAGUCGGCCUGCGAGAAGCAGGUCCAGGAGGUGGGCCUGGAUGGCACUGAGACUUACUUGCAGCCGCUGUCCAUGUCGCAGAAUCUGGCGCGUCUGGCCCAGAGGAUCGACUUCAGCCAGGGUUCUGGUUCCGAGGAGGAGGAGGCGGCGGGGGCCGAGGGCGAUGCGCAGGAUUGGGCGGGCGCGGGGUCCAGUGCAGACCAGGACGACGAGGAAGGGUUGGUAAAAUUUCAGCCUUCCCUUUGGCCUUGGGAUUCAGUGAGGAACAAUUUGAGAAGUGCCCUUACAGAGAUGUGUGUUCUGUACGAUGUUCUCAGUAUUGUUAAAGAUAAAAAAUUUAUGACUCUUGAUCCUGUUUCUCAGGAUGCACUUCCUCCAAAACAGAAUCCUCAGACAUUGCAACUAAUAUCUAAAAAGAAGUCACUUGCUGGAGCAGCACAAAUACUGUUGAAGGGAGCGGAAAGACUGACUAAAUCAGUUACGGAAAAUCAAGAAAACAAGCUACAAAGAGACUUCAACUCUGAGCUCUUGAGAUUAAGGCAACACUGGAAACUUAGAAAAGUUGGAGAUAAAAUUCUUGGGGAUCUGAGCUACAGAAGUGCAGGGUCUCUUUUUCCCCAUCAUGGUACAUUUGAAGUAAUAAAGAAUACAGAUAUUGAUCUGGAUAAGAAGAUACCUGAAGAUUACUGUCCUCUUGAUGUACAAAUUCCUAGUGAUUUAGAGGGGUCUGCAUACAUCAAGGUUUCCAUUCAAAAACAGGCUCCAGACAUAGGUGAUCUUGGCACAGUUAACCUCUUCAAAAGACCUCUGCCCAAAUCCAAACCAGGUUCACCACAUUGGCAGACAAAAUUAGAAGCAGCACAAAAUGUUCUCUUAUGUAAAGAAAUUUUUGCACAACUCUCUCGGGAAGCUGUUCAGAUCAAAUCACAGAUCCCGCAUAUUGUGGUGAAAAACCAGAUAAUCUCUCAGCCCUUUCCGAGCUUGCAGUUAUCUAUUUCUUUGUGCCAUUCCUCAAAUGAUAAGAAAUCCCAAAAAUCUGCUACUGAGAAGCAAAGUCCAGAGGACCACCUCUAUGUCUUAGAGCAUAAUUUGCAUCUACUGAUUAGAGAGUUUCAUAAACAGACCUUGAGUUCCAUCAUGAUGCCUCACCCAGCAAGUGCACCUUUUGGCCACAAGAGAAUGAGACUUUCAGGUCCUCAAGCUUUUGAUAAAAAUGAAAUUAACUCAUUACAGUCCAGUGAAGGACUUCUGGAAAAAAUAAUUAAACAAGCAAAGCAUAUUUUUCUGAGGAGUAGAACUGCUGCAACCAUUGACAGCUUAGCAAGUCGCAUUGAGGAUCCUCAGAUACAGGCUCAUUGGUCAAAUAUCAAUGAUGUUUAUGAAUCUAGUGUGAAAGUUUUAAUCACAUCACAAGGUUAUGAACAAAUAUGCAAGUCCAUUCAGCUGCAAUUGAAUAUUGGAGUUGAGCAGAUUCGAGUUGUACACAGAGAUGGAAGAGUAAUUACACUGUCUCAUCAGGAGCAGGAGCUACAGGAUUUUCUUCUAUCUCAGAUGUCACAGCAUCAGGUUCAUGCAGUUCAACAGCUAGCCAAGGUUAUGGGCUGGCAGGUACUCAGCUUCAGUAAUCAUGUGGGACUUGGGCCCAUAGAGAGUAUUGGCAAUGCCUCUGCCAUAACAGUGGCCUCCCCGAGUGGUGACUAUGCUAUUUCAGUUCGUAAUGGACCUGAAAGUGGCAGCAAGAUUAUGGUUCAGUUUCCCCGUAACCAGUGUAAAGACAUUCCAAAAAGUGAUGUUUUACAAGAUGGUAAAUGGAGUCAUCUUCGUGGGCCAUUUAAAGAAGUUCAGUGGAAUAAAAUGGAAGGUCGAAACUUUGUUUAUAAAAUGGAGCUACUUAUGUCUGCACUUAGCCCUUGUCUGCUAUGAUUUUUUUCCUGAAAUUGACUUGAGAUGUUUGCAAAUUAAUUAUAAGCACAAAGAAGAGAAAUCUUCCAAAGGAGUAUUAUUUAAAAAUAAUAAUUAGUAAAUGUUUUCCUAGCAAUUUGAAAUCUUUCACUUUAUAAGUGAUGUACUUUGAAAUGCAGAAGUUUAUGUACAGUUGUAGGUAUAUGGGGAGAUGUAAAAUAAUACAUUUUUUUUUUUUACUGCAGUUAACCUGAAAGUGUUAUUAAUGGAGGGGAUUAAAUUUGCUGUUUAAAAUACCCAGUCUUUGAUGUUAGCAUCAAAUAAAGUGUGUAGUUAAAAAAUCUCCAA